AUGUGGAGAAUACUGGCCACUGCAAGAAGAAACCUUGGAAACAGGAAGAAAAGAUCACGGCGGGUCGCAGAUGAGAACAUCUUCCACAAUCUAGAUAACUUGCCGCAUGUCGAUAUAGAAAGAAGAAGAUCUGGAGGAGGAUGGCGUAGUAAUGGUCUUGCAGCUGUUCUGUAUUGCAUCAUACGCGCUCCAUUCUCGAUGAUUUCAUGUCUGUCGGACCCUCGGAUGAAUGGCGCCGAUGACAUGUGGAUGUCUGCAGAGCUGCCACAGAUUGCAGAGGUGAAUCAUCUCAAUGUUAGAGACAGCAUGCGCUAUGCCAUUUUGAUGUGA